AUGCCAGCCGGGUCCAAGCUCUCCGAUAAAGAGCAAGGUAUGAUUUUGGCCCUUAAAGCCGUCGUCAAAGGCCUCCGAGAGAUUGAGCGCCUCAUCGGACGCUCGAAGGGUGCCAUAACCCUGUUCCUGAAAGACGCCGCAGCUUACAACACGAAAAAGCGUACAGGACGACCGCCCAAGGUCACGCACACCGACAUUCGCCGCCUCAUUCGGACCGCUUCCAAUUCGUUUUUGAGCUCACGAGAGCUUGUGGUGCAAUGCCACUUGACCAUCAAGGCUCGUCGUGCGCGCCAAUUGCUUGCCACGUGCGAUCACCUUAGAACCUGUUCCGACCAAUAG